UGUCAAAAAUAGCACCUGACAAGCGAAGAUAACAGAAUAACUAACAGAUUUUAACAUAAAUUGAACCAACGGCACAGUGUGUGGAACAGAAAAUUGUUAACAUUAUUUCCUUGUUACUAAAUAUUUCUGUUUAUUUGGGUUUAUUUAUUAAUUUUGCGGAUAUUGUCGUGCACUGCGCUGUGCAGAAAAUAAUUAUUAAAUAACCAAAAGUCAAGGGUGAGGUCGAGGGAGCAAAAUUCGUGACGCGAAUACAAAAGUGACGGCAAUAAUCGACGCCAUUUUUUAACAUAUGUAUGUAAGACUAAUUACCUGAAAAAGUGGUUGGUAAAGAAAAACGCUUGUCUCAUCAGAAGUUGAGCUAAAUGAGCUUAAUUAAUUUCCUGAAUUCAAAGCUAAAGCCUUCCGUGGAAUGCGAAGCUCUAUGUGAGGAUGGUUAUACUGCAAAUAAUUUGAUCGCAGACGAUGCAGAACAACUAUCGCGGGGUUUCUUGGCCUACGCUGUCUCUAAACCGCCUGUAGAGAUUGUUUUCGAAUUCCCAAAAGCUGUUGAAGUGAAGGUAAUCAAGUUAUGGAAUAGCAAUGGUGCCCUUCGAUCGACGGCUUUUGAGCUGCAUGGCAAGUUCGAGGGUAUUUGGGAACGCGUUGCAUAUGCUCGUGACCUUGCUGAGGGCGUCGACUCCGUGACUUUUUGCUAUCAAAGUGAUUAUAAUUCUCGCAGUAAUGCCGAAAGCGCUGCUACUCAAGCACAAAGCAAAAAGACAUUUUUCUUUAAGCACGCACAUCGUUUUCUCUCCAACGCCAGCAGCUUGAAAAUAAUAAUUUGUGCUACUAAGCGAUGUCCACCUGUGCUGCGAAAAAUUGAAGUGUGGGGCUUACCUUCACGAUCAUUGGAGAAAGCUGAUCGUGAGCUGGUUAAAACAAUAUGGAGUGAGAUAGUCAAUCCACAUGGUUUUCAAACCCCACAAGACCGACAUCGACGCUCCCCGUCACGUAGCAUACCAGAAUUAAAUGAGUACUCAACUUUGAAAAUACCAGAAGAGUUUCUUGAUGAGAUCACCUGGGAAUUAAUGAUUUUCCCUACAGUACUUCCCUCAGGUAAAAUUGUGGACCAAUCCACAAUAGAUAAGCAUUCCGAAGUGGAGGCUAAAUGGGGCCGUCUGCCAUCGGAUCCGUUUACUGGUCUUGAAUUUACCUCACAACGUAAAGCAAUUCUCAACCUCGCCCUUAAGGCACGCAUAGAAAAGUUCCUUAUGGAAAAUUCCGAGCACUUUAAAACAGUACCACGUUCUCUAGGCAGUUCCUUUGUACGGCGCAGCAAAAAUCGACAUGCCUCACAGUUUGCCAGCUUUUGCCAACGUAACACUUCAAGUGUCGGAACUUACUCAUCCUUAUCGGCAGCAUUUUACAAGUCUUCUUCGCAAGCUUCAGCUACAGCUACGUCAACAUCAAUACCGCCUACCAAACGGGCUAGACUCAGUGAAAACGCAACAUAUCGACUAGAAACAUCAUCUCUUACCUCUACAACAACACAUACCACAUCCAGUACAGCGUUAUCACUUUCCACAAAGUCAAUGCCAUUUUCAGUAGCAACUUCAUCGGCCUUAUCGACAGCAGCUUCCACCACAAUUACAACUGGCAUAGAUCACGCCAUUCAAGAAGCAUUAAAAAAUGUCACACGCUACACAUGUCCGCCCGUAGAAACCAAGCCAGCUACAUGUAUACGCUGCAAAACGGAGGAUUUCUCAUAUGAAAUUGUUACAUGUGGUCAUCUGGUGUGUCGUGCAUGCCUAGUACAGUUAACUAAGGACGAAAUGUGUACAUGUAAGAAGAGCUUUCGAACAAUCGAUGUUGAGCGUUACCAUAAAUUGUAAACGUUCUCCCAUUUGGCGAUGUUAACGCUAGACUUGAAUAAUGAGCCUAAAAGAAGUCAUUAAGUGCUAGUUUGAUUUUAUAAUUUGCCUCAUUUUUGUUCGGUGCUGUUAUAAAUCGUUGGCAAGGUUAACUGUGCGGUUUGGCUACACAAAGACUUGUGCAAUCUUUGUUAACGUCGUCUAAGUGAAAGAAAUUAAAUAUUGUUGCAAAGUAUUUCGAAAUGCUCGUUUGGAGUAUUAUUAAAAGGCUUUAAUGAAACAGAUUUUGUGAUUCACACGCUUAUGUUCAUAAAUACAUUGAUAUUUUUUAUUAUUA